AUGCCCUCCAACAAAGACUACGUGGUCCGGCCCAAGUGGAACGUGGAGGUCGAGUCCAACAGUGUACUACAGAGUACUACACACUGUACACACUGUACACACUCCCUGCUGUCUGUCUGUCAGGAGGCCCAUGAGCAAGGCAUCAACGCGGUGCGGUUCAGCUCCAGUUCGGACCUGUUGGCGACCGGAGGAACGGACCGGGUCAUCAAACUGUGGGAGGUUCGGUCAGGCUCGCUGACUCACAGAGCGACUCUGGACGGCAGCACAGAGGGGAUCACCUGUGUGGAGUUUGACGCCACGGGUCGGAGGAUCCUCGCCGCCUCUUACGACAAGUCGGCGCUGCUGUGGCGGCUGGACGACCCCGUUCCCAAGCUGACUCUGACAGGUCACAGCAGAAAGGUGAUGGCGGCGAGGUUCAGCUCAUUUCCUCAUCAGGUAGUGACGGGCAGCGCCGACAGAACCAUCAGACUGUGGGACCUGCAGAGAGCCGCCUGUGUGCAAGUAACUGAAGUAGCGUCGUCCUGCAGUGACCUGGUGUGUCCUGAGAACUGUAUCAUCAGCGGACACUUCGACUCCAAGAUCAGAGUCUGGGACACCAGGACGGUGAACUGCGUCCAGCAGUUUCCCGCUCAGGGGAAAGUCACCUCACUGGACGUCAGCGCCGACCAUCGCCAGCUGCUCAGCUGUUGCCGUGACGACUGCCUCCAGCUGGUCGACCUGAGGAGGUGGAGCAACAACCGCGUGUGCUUCAGAGCCGACGGCUUCAAGUGUGGCAGCGACAGCACGAAGGCGGUGAUCAGUCCAGAUGGUUGUUUCCUCGCGGCCGGAUCAGCUGACGGUGCUGUUUACAUCUGGAACGUCUCCACCGGGAACCUGGAGACCCGCCUACCGGACCAACACAGUUCGUCCAUCAGCGCCGUGUCCUGGUCUCUGUCUGGUGAAUACGUUGUUAGCGUGGACAAGAGUCGGCUCGCCGUCCUCUGGAGCGACAUCUGAAACUACAAUCCACGACGAGGUCACGGAAAGACUCAAAACAAACUGAUCUGAGAGCUGUCGAAGGAAACAGACGCUCGCUGCCUUUUCUCAUUUUUCUAACACAAAGUUCAACUGAAAACUGAAACAACAGAGACACAAACAGCUACCUGAACUUUAAACAGUAGAAUAACAAAAGAAAAACAUUAUACAAACGUUAUAGAAACAUUAUAAAUAUGGGUAUUUUCUUUGGUUCUUAAGAAAACAGAUUUUUAGACAAAGCUGACCUGAGGUCAGAGGUCAAUGAACGUUGGACAAACGUUUUAUGAACGUUUCUGAACAAACCACUGCUUCCAGCUGAAUGAUGAAAAACAUUUAGUUCAUCUUAAUUUUUAUCUUCAUAGAGCCAAACGUAAACUGAACUUAAGUUCUUCUUGUCAGGAUUUCAAAGACGAGGGCUUCCUCGCUGUCUUUCUUGGUUCUGGCUCCGGUCCAGGACAAAUGUCGAUUCUCUGCUAGUCCAGUCUGAUGUUUAUAUUGACUCUUACGUAAUAAUUACGUACAUAGUUUAAUCUGGCUCAAUUUACUUUACAAGAACGUUUUGAUCCAAAGAAACAUGAACCCGGUUUGGAUGAAGCUCAGCUGGAUUUAGAGCCUCAAGAACAUUUUGUGUACUCAAAGGUCAGGUUCAGGGUUCAGGGUUCGGGUUCAGGGUUCUGGUUCAGGGUUCUGGUUGUUUUAGCACCGACCUUCUGUUUGUUUGUCUGUUUUUCUUAUUUUCUUAUUUAUUUGAUGAUUUCUUGUUUGUUUUUAGGUCAUGUGACCUUCAGGGGAUUUAAAGGGACCUUCUUAAACAGACACAGAGAGACAAACUGCUGAUCCAGAAUCAGAGCAGCCUGUCAGUCUAAACUGAGGGCGGCGCUGACGUAUGAUGUACUAAUCCACGUUAAACAAAUGUUAACGAGAGAAGUUAAAUGAUGACACUUCCUGUUUUAAACACAAAGCUCACAUUGACGUGACGUUAGCGCCCCCAACAGGCCAGAACAAACAUCAGCUAUCUGAGUCAAGACGUGAUUCGUCCGUCUUCUUUAAAUUAAUGAGGAGGCGGGGCUUCGUUUUACCGAUUACCUGGAUCAUGUGCACGAGCGUUGAGCUGCUAACUUCCUGUUUAGCCCUCCGCUAACUUGUUGUUUGCUAUGAGCUAGCUAGCCGCUAGGUGCUAAUCCAAGUUACGACUGCACGUUAACCUGAGAGCUUUAUUUUGAAAGUCUAACAGGAUGUUUGCUGCGCUGACAUUAACCUGAGAGCUUUAUUUUGAAAGUCUAACAGGAUGUUUGCUGCGCUGACGUUAACCUGAGAGCUUUAUUUUGAAAGUCUAACAGGAUGUUUUCUGGUUCAUGUUGUGUCAGCAGUUUGUCUCCUGAUGACUCUUUAAUAAUUAACGAUGUUCUGUCUUCAUGUCGUUUACAUUCUGCUGCUGUAACUUAACGAGCUCUUUGAUUUCUAAUAAACGUGUUUAACCUUCAA